AUUCGUAUUAUAACUCCGCCACUAGGGUUUGCGCUUCUCACUUGAGCCGACUACCGACAGAAGCUGCGGAAGCGCCGCCGUGUUCUGCAUCCACCACCUGCAACAUGGCUAGAGGAUUGAAGAAACACUUGAAAAGGCUCAAUGCCCCAAAGCACUGGAUGUUGGAUAAACUGGGUGGUGCUUUUGCCCCCAAACCAUCAUCUGGUCCCCAUAAAUCUAGGGAGUGCUUGCCUUUGAUUCUCAUUCUGCGAAACAGAUUGAAGUAUGCUUUAACUUACCGUGAGGUAAUUGCCAUUCUGAUGCAACGCCAUAUCCUUGUUGAUGGGAAAGUAAGGACUGACAAGACCUACCCUGCUGGAUUUAUGGAUGUGGUCUCGAUCCCCAAGACCAAUGAAAACUUCCGUCUGCUGUACGACACCAAGGGUCGUUUCAGGCUCCAUUCUAUCAGGGAUGAGGAAGCCAAGUUCAAGCUGUGCAAAGUCCGCAAUAUCCAGUUUGGCAAGAAAGGCAUUCCUUAUCUCAACACUUAUGAUGGAAGGACCAUCCGUUACCCCGACCCUCUCAUCAAGGCCAAUGACACAAUCAAACUCGAUCUUGAGAGCAACAAGAUUACUGACUUCAUCAAAUUUGAUGUAGGUAAUGUUGUUAUGGUUACUGGCGGUAGGAACAGAGGGCGUGUUGGUAUUCUCAAGAACCGCGAAAAGCAUAAGGGAAGCUUUGAGACUGUCCAUAUCCAGGAUGCAACUGGGCAUGAGUUUGCCACCCGAUUGGGCAAUGUCUAUACUAUCGGAAAGGGUACCAAGCCAUGGGUAUCUCUACCGAAGGGCAAGGGUAUUAAGCUAUCUAUCAUCGAGGAGGCUAAGAAGAGGAUUAGUGCCCAAGCUGCUACAGCUUAGAUUCGUGAUGGUCGGAAGUAGUUUUGUUGUCCUGUGCUUCUAUAUUCUGUUUUGACAUUCAUAUUGUUUUUUACCUUUGCAAAAAUAGUUAAGCUUACUAUGUUUUAUUUCUAAAUGUCGUAUCUUUUUUAUUUAUGAUAAUGAACAAGUUUUGGUUGCUCGA